GAAAACAAAAACCCAACCUCCUUGUAACAAAUAUAGGUAGUCAAGCAAAAUAAAUUUCCCCAUUGACCACAUCUGUAAAAAGUCUUAUUCUGCACCCCAUCUCCGUCAGGAGGGACGUUGGUGGGCUGGUCGGCUGGGUUUGAGCGUGGGGGAGGGUCUCUGAGACCCCGUUUCUCUAUUUGUAGGUUGGGGGCUAGAAUCCUUAGUCUGUGUAGAAAAGGUGAGAGGGUCGCCUCUAGAUUUCUGAGAUUUUUUUUUUCCAGUGUGUAAAACACCGAGGUGCUGACCUAGCAGAGCUCUCAAGUCCCGGGUUUUUCCCUGGAGGAAACUGGCGCUGGGCUCGAGGGCCAGUGGGCGUUUAGGAUCCCGAACCUCGAGGAGAACGAGGUUCCUGCAAACAGACACGCUCGUUGCUGGGCGCCGGAGCGCGAACCCGCAAACGUUAGCCUCGCGCCUCGGACCGAGCGGAGCCAGUGCAGCUAGGAUGAUGGUGCGGGGAGGAGCGCUCACUCGCUUCCUCCUGCUCCUGCUGCUGCUGCCGCCGCUGCUGCCCCCCCAGCCUCCCUGGAGCUGCCCCAGCGCUGCUCCCACAUCCCGGGCUCCGGCCCGCCCGGCCUCCUGGAAGAGCCGCCACUCAUGCCGCCGAGCGCUCCUUUUGCGUGCCCGCAGACACCAUCAGGGCCCCAAUUUAGCCCCGGCUCCUUACCCAGAAUCCUAUUCACGGUUCCCUCCUUCGGAGAUCCCCAAAUCUGCCGAUGGCCCUGAUCCCGCGGCCUUCUCAGGUCCGGGCUCCCAAUGUGAGUUAGCACCUAAGCCCAGGCGAGGCUCAGAGCCAGCUCCUGGCUCGGGUUGCCAUGGUGCCCCGUGUCCUCACCUAAAAUCCCAGCUAAAACCCAGAUUAGGUCCCAGCGCCAUUUCUGGGAGACCUGCAGAGGCCGCUUUGCUUCAUACCCUCAGUGCAAGCUCCCCUCCUCUGUCCCGGAGGGCCACUGGGGCACUCCACCUCUCCUGGGGUCUCCAGCCCACAGGAUCCAGGCUGACCUUCAGGCUGUACCAGUCCCCAGGCUGUGUCCUCUGCCAGAUUUGGAAAGUGACUUGCAACCCUUAUCUUAAGGCCGGGGGCAUCUCCUGCAUCCCUGGUAACACUCCUGGACAAAGAACCCCCAGCUGGACGCUGGCUCACCUCCUCUGGCCCGGCCAGAGCUCGGACCGGGAGUCCAGCCGGGUCAUUGGGCCUGACCUGGAGGGACACCUGUACCUCGUCAAUAGCAUCUUGGGCAUCCGAGCGAGAGGCAGAACUCUGAGCCUGAAUCUCCAACAGGCCCGGACAGGCUCCUAUGGCCCUGGCAUCUAUUACUCCAGGGCAGCCCCAGGUAGAGGCAGCGCCCAUCUCCUUUUCUAUCAGCAGCAAGGCCUGUCGUGGCUGUUUGCUUUGGAUUUCCUUGGAAAUCGCUGUGACCAACUGAGUGUGCACCUCUACCUCAGUCCCAAAGGGGUGGCCUUCUUUGGGACCAGGCCCCACAAAGAUCUGGAAGUCCACUUCUUCAGCAGCGGCCCUUUGGGGCCCCAUGGGCCCAUCUACCUCGUGUGGUUCAUCCCCUUACAGCAUCCUCUCCUGCACCUCCAAUGGACUUUUCACCUCCAGCUUCCCGGGGCCAGCCUCAGGCCCAACCGGACAUUUACGUACCAGGACCGGAUCCCCAGUGCCUCCCGCUUCAUUCCCCGUUCAGUUUUGCCAUUCCACCCCGACAUCUACGCAGGCUUCAUGGAGAAAGCAGAAUGCCCCACGGACAGUCUGGAGCCCGUCAUCUUAAAAGCAUCCUUGGACACAUAUGGCUCCAAAGUGCUCGAGUCACCGGUGGCGUGUAUCCAGAAUCCCUGUUUCAUCCAUGAGGUGAGGAUCAAGGAAGGCAAUCCUAAUUUGAUAGAGCUAGAUGGGAGAAAUCCCCUCACCCUGAAUACUGCUGUGAAAGUCAACUGUAGCAUCCCCCACACCAUAACUCAGGAGUGGAAUUUUUACUCUGUCCCUAACAUGAAGACCCCCCCAGACUGGAGCAGGCCCAUGAAGGCUCAGUGGAUCGAUCAAAUGAAGUACUACACCUUCUUCCAGAUUCCUGACCGAAUCUUGGCACGGGGACUGUAUCUGAUCAAUUUCACCGUGACUGUCACCACCACCAAAAAGGUGCUGAAAAAAUCUGCUUUUGUAUAUCUUUUGAUGUCUAAAAGUGAACUGGUAGCCGUCAUCAAGGGAGACGAUUUUCAGAGGGUGCAUUUCAACCAGAGCUGGACUUUGGAUGGGUCAGCUUCUUGGGAUCCCGAGUCCAAGGACCCUACCGAGGGCUUGGACUACAGAUGGUACUGCACCACUGACAAGUCUCACCUUAAGUCCGUGAUCGUGCCUGGCUCUACCAGAGACACCUGCCUUCCCCAGCUGCCAGACUUGAGGUGGAUUCAGGAGUCUGGCCCUGUGCACACCGUGUUACCGGGAACACUCAGAGGCAACCAGGUCUAUUUUUUCCGCUUGGUGAUUCAGAAGGAUGAGAGAAAAGCAUUUGCUGAUCAGAAGGUCGUCGUGAUUGCUGGCCCCCCGCCUGCCAUGAGCUUUUCCUGCAUUGAAAAUUGUGAAAAAAUCUUAAUUAUCACAGAUCGAUUUUCCUUGUCUGGAAAGUGUACAGACUGUGGGUCAGCUCUUGCCUACUAUCUCUGGUCCCUCUUGUCCUACUCAGGCGCUGAAAUCCUAUUUGAUUGGGCACAUCGGACCACCACUGGGCGAACCAACCCUUACUUGUCCAUCAAGGCUUCUGCUUUUAAGGGCUUUUCAGAUCAGUUCUGCUUCAUUUCUCUAAAGGUGUCAAAUUGGGGUGGGGGAGUCUCAGUUUCUAACCAUUCCUUUUAUAUCAAUUCUCCACCCCACGUUGGCCACUGCAACAUUCACCCUGACAAAGGCAUAGCCCUAGUGACCAAGUUUGUCGUGCAGUGUAGGAACUUUAGAGACUAUAAUUUACCCCUCGGUUUUAAAAUCAUAGCUUCGAAUUUCUGGAAUACGGAUGAGAUCAGUUCUUUAGAACAGAAUACUUUGGGAGCUGUGAUAUAUGAAGGGGCUCAUCCCGUGACUCCUCCUUCUUUUCUUCCAAUUGGGGUGCCAGCCAAUAACUACUUGGUGGUGAUAUAUGCUCAGGUCUAUGAUUCGCUGGGCGCCUUCUCCCAAGUGACCCUGUAUGCCACUGUGAAUUCUCCCCUGAUCAUACAUGCACCAGAUACCAUGUUGAGCCACCUAUUAAACCUCACCCAGAGCUCAUCCGGUGCCAUGCUGACCACUCUAUUUCAGCAAAGGGACUUUGUCCGAGCAGGUUAUCUUGCCUAUCUGGUUGCCUCUGUUUUAAAAGAUGUGAAGCCUCUGCUCGACUUGCAGACCGACCGCUUUGCGAUCCAAGAGCGCCUCAUCAGCUUUUGCAACCGUCUGCCCACCAAUACCCUGACAGAGAUGAACCAAGUGACAGUGAUCAUUUUGGAGCUCACCCAGAAUGCUUCUGGCUUGACUGCAGGUGUCCAGAAGGCGGCCACCAGCAGGCUCAUGGAAAUCAACUUGGCACUGCAGAGACACAGGCAAAGGGAAAAAAUAUUCCAUUCUGAACAAAUUGAAAUUGUGAGCACUGGCAUCUCAACCAGUUUGUCUAAUAUCUUCAAAACGGGCAUUAACAUGGAUACCGUUAAUGAGACUCUCUCUGUCACAAAACUGCUGGCAGAUACAAUUUCAUCCAUUAAAGUGCCUGGGGAGGUGGAGACAGUGAUAUCAACCCCAAACUUCAAAAUGCACAUCAAGAAAGAUGAAAAGCACAAUGUCACCAAGGCUGCCCUGGCCAAGAAAGACUGCCUAAAUUGUUUCUAUCCAACGCUGAGAGAAAGUAACACUUCUGACUUGGCUAGGGAGAGUUCUAUUUCCACUGUGUUUUACGAGUUUAAGGGUGACCCUUUCCCUUGGCUCAGCAAGGAAGAAAGCCCCUCCGUAGAUGUGGUUGGUUUCCAGAUGAGAGAGAUCCAAGAAAAUGGGGAUGUGUCUGAGGCUGAGCCAGAGGUAGUUGAAGCAUUAAUCCUUAGAAAAAAACUGAGGGAAGCUCUCUUUAAAAUCAGCGUGGGACCAGAUAAAGAAGACCUUAGAACCACUACAGGAAUCUUUACUUUCUUGGUACACGGAGGCUACAAGGAGGUAUACAUCCAAAUCAUCACAGAAGUAAGAGUUUUGUUCACGGUCUUGAUCUACGUGGGCAGCAACGUCACCCACAAGCUGCCGAUUGCCUCUUUCUUAGCACCCCCGGACAUGCCAGCGGUGGCCGACGAGAGUGAGCUGUUUGACCCCACCUGCCAAGUUGAUGUCCCCUUCCUCAUCUGCCUCAGUCAGUCUCUGCUGCAGGCCACAGCGCAAGGCAGCGUCUCUGCCCACUGGAACAUCUCCGUGAUUCUGCGAGCCUCCUACAUCGUCUUGAAGCUGAAUGACAACCUCGUGAACAUUUCCAUUUUCACCGUGCAGUGUCUGAACAUGGAUGGCAUUCAACAGGAGUGGGGGGAGAAGGCCUGCAGGGUUGGGGGGAGCAGCUGCUGGUGGCGAGCGCACUGCAUCUGUCGGCUCAAGCCAGAAGCCACAAAGGGGAGGAAGUCUAGACAGCUGUCGAACCAGAGCUCCAGGAUCAAAUACCUGACCGCCCGCAUGGUGGUGAUCCCUAACAGCAUCGACCUGCGCUUGGACAUUAUCUGGAGGCUCCCCCAGAACCCGGUGACCCUCUUCACUGUGAUCUUAGUCAUUUUCCUGUAUCUACUCCUGGCUUUCUGGGCAAUGCACAAAGAUCAAACGGACCGGUUUCUCAGGGAGCACGUGAUCAUCCUCCCAGACAACGAUCCUUACGAUCACAUUUGCUACCUGGUCACCUUCUACACAGGGAGCCGCCUGGGCUCGGGCACCAAAGCCGACGUCUUUAUCCAGCUCCUGGGAACAAAGGCGUCCAGUGAGGUGCACUGCCUGAGCCACCCCGACUUCACCACCUUUUACAGGGGCAGCAUGGACACCUUCCUCCUGACGACCAAAAGUGACCUGGGAGCCAUCCGGGCCAUCCGGGUCUGGCACAACAAUGAAGGCAGCCGGCCCAGCUGGUACCUGAGCAGAGUCAAGGUGGAAAACAUCUUCAACCGGCACAUCUGGCUCUUCCUCUGCAGGUCGUGGCUCUGGGUGGAGUCGCUGGAGCAGACCUUUGAGCCAGUCGACAAGGAGCAGCCCCUCAGCAAGAAGGACUACUUCCUCAUCCACUCUUCGAACCUGCUGGGCAACAACCACCUGUGGAUGUCCGUCUUCGCCAGCGUGGUCACGGGACCCUACAACCGGCUGCAGCGGCUCUCCUGCUGCCUGAGUGUGCUCCUGAGCACACUGUUCUGUAACAUCAUGUUCUUCAAAUCAGAUGAGGAGAAAGAGGCCCUCCCCGUGGAGCUGAAGCACCUGCAGAAGGUGAUGAGGGGCAUUGAGAGCGCCCUCAUCUGUGAGCCGCUGCAGAUGACCAUCAGUGCUCUCUUCACCUAUUCCCAGAGGAAGGUCUCCCCCGUGCCAGUCACCUACGCGGCUCCGCGCCUUCACCCCUUCAUGAAAGCAGACUUCCCAAACUGGAAGGAGCGCCUGGAGAUGUGGUACUAUCAUGAGACUGGCCAGCCGCAGACUCGGAGCCACGGCAUCUCCACAAAAAAGCAGGCUCCAGGGAAGAAUGUGAUGCUUUCGGAGGCAGCAGCCAAUGCCAUUACAGAAACCAAAGGGAAGCUCCCAGAACAGAAUGCCCCCCACCAGGAGAGGAAGGCCACUGAUGCAGAAGACCGGACCUUGACAGAGGCAGGGGGUGGGGCCUCAAGUUCCCCACCCUCCCAAGUAGGAGAAAGGGGGCCACAUAAGGGUGAAGUGGAACUCGCUUCAGGUGAACCCCCAAAAAGCAGGCCUAAGAAAGUGAUGCUCUUUGAAUCCAAGCCUCGCUUUGUCCUCCACUGGUGGUGCGUCUACCUGGCCUGGUUGCUGGUCAUCUGUAGCUCUGGCAUAUGCUCCUUUUUCAUCAUCAUGUAUGGGUUAACAUAUGGCUACAAGAAAUCCAUGGAUUGGUUGUUCGCCUCUGUGUCCUCCCUGUGCCAGUCGAUAUUUGUGAUCCAGGUGGCCAAGAUCCUCCUUUUCUCUGGCGUCAAGUCAAGCCGAGCCAAGUACUGUAGGAAUAUCUCCUGGACGACAAGGUACAAUUACAUUGAGAUCCGCUUGCAGGGCAUUAACUUAGAUGCUGAUGACACAAGGGAGCUGCACUAUGAGAUCAUCCGGGUCCGCGGUUCGAGAAUGUACCAACCCUUGAUGGAAGAUGAAAUCCAAAUAUUCAAAAGGAGGAACAGGAUUAAGAGGGGGGCCAUCGUGUUUUUAAGUCACAUCAUCAGCCAUUUCAUCUUUCUCGCUCUCUUGUUGUGCAUCGCCUUCCUGGUCAGUCACUCCCACACCUUCCAUCACAACCAGGCAAUCCGGAGACAAUUCUCUGUGAACCUUGAAAACGUCAGAGAACUGAAUGAUACCUACAGGUGGCUCAAUGGUGUCCUGCUGCCCUUGGUCCAUAACAGUCAGAAUCCAUCUUUUCUUUCUAACAGCUGGUCUAGGAUUCUUGGCUUGCCCAGGAUGCGACAAGUGAGGGCGAAGUCUAUCCCAAAGUCCUGCUUCCUCUCUGGGACCGCGGCUAACAGGUUAAUGAAAAAGGGCAUCCACUGUCAAAGCCAAUACAGCAAGGCCAGGGAGGAUCGAAAAAGCUACAGCAGAUUUUGGACUGCCCCCGUUGGCUCUUCUGUGGACAGGAAUCUGGUCAGCUUUACUUACGAGUCCAAGCCUGGGGAAUGGGCCUAUUAUUCCUAUGGAUUGGCUCAUGCCUAUGGAAUGGGGGGAUAUCCCUUUUAUUUCUUCCCCAACCAGCAGCAGUAUAAUUCAACAAUAAGGCUGCAGGAACUUUGGGAUAGUCAGUGGCUGGAUGAAAGAACAUGGGCUGUGAUCCUGGAGCUGACCACCUUUAAUUCAGAAACCAGCUUAUUUUGUACCAUCUCAAUAGUAUUUGAAGUCUCUCCACUGGGCGUCGUCAACCCAAAUUUGGCUGUCCACUCCUUUAGCCUCCCCUUGUUCCGCAUGCGAAGUCAGCUUGAGCUGUAUCUGUACGGAGCUGCCAUGGUGUUUAUCCUGGUGUAUCUGGUAGUUGAAGUCAUCAUCAUCUACAAGGAAAAGAAGAACUACGUCAGGAAUGUGUUUAAUCUCCUCAGCUUUGGUCUCAAGUCCAUGUUUCUCUUUCUUAUUUUUCUUCUCUACAUCCAAUUCAGAAUGGCCAAGAAAAUCCUUGGCUUUUACUUCCAGAACCCAGAUGACUUCUUCCCCUUUCACGCCAUUUCUCACGUGGACCAGGUCCUUCGCAUCACUCUGGGCUUCCUGGUCUUCCUGACCAUUCUAAAGACACUGAUGUAUUCUAGAUUCUUCUAUGAUGUGCGGUUGGCCCAGAGGGCCCUCUUGGCGGCCUUGCCGGCCAUCUGUCACAUGGCCCUUCUGGUAGGUGUGUAUAUCUUUGUGUACGUGGUCUUUGGAUACCUGGUGUUUGGCCAGCACCAGUGGCAUUAUAGCAGCAUCAUUCACUCCACGCAGACCAUCUUCUCCUACUGUGUUUCAGCCUUCGAGGGCACAGCAUUUUUAAAUAAGCAGAUCCUUGGGGGCCUGUUCCUGUCCUCAUUUAUGCUGGUGAUGAUCUGUGUACUAAUUAACCUGUUUCAGGCUGUGAUUCUGUCUGCCUAUGAAGAGAUGAAGCAGCUUGUUUAUGAGGAACCAGCGGCAGAAGUGGAGGCGAUGACCUAUCUCUUACACAAGGUGAGGAAUCUCUUCCGCUUCCUCACCUGCCGGGCCCCUGCCAAAGAGGAGCCCGCCUACUUCACUGACAUACUCUAUGGCCAUCCAGAGAAUAAAAGCUACCAGUACUUGGGGCUUAAAAGUAGAAAAAUUGACGGGAAGAGGAUGAAUUAUGUGGUUGUGUGAGGGGUGACCAUUCCGAGUUCCUGCCAGUCCUUGUUGGGAAUGAGUCAGAACCAACAGGCCUGGUGGGCCUUGAUCCACUCCUUGACUUUGGCUUCCCAGGCCCCUGAACUCGAGUGUUUAGUUUCCAUUAGAGUAAGAGAAUAGCUAAGGAUGCUUAGAAAUGUACUGAAAUGGAGGGAGAUUAUAACUUUAAACAAACAUUCCAAUCUGGUAUGUCCUCAUGCAUCUGGUACAAUUGUUCAUCUGUCCUGGAGAAGGCCAUUUUAGCUCGCCCCCUCACUUCCAUCUCUCUGCAUGCUUUAGGAAAACUGGGGGGGGAGGGCUAGGUUUCUGGUAAUUCUCUUCCAUCUGGGACAUCUUGGUUCUGAGGUACAACCCUGAAGAUCCUGGGCUGGAGCAGGGACUCCCCAAAGAACACUGGAGCCCUAAGAGCUUCCUCUGCAGGCUAGGGCAAUCAACCAUACCCAUUCCAUGCCCAGAUCUCCUCAAGUUAGCAGAUGGAUUUAGAGCAAAAGAGAAGUUUCUAGAUGUUAUGGACUCCUGUGAAACACAAGAAUGCCUGGGACAAAUCUCCACUCCAUUUCUGGCUGAAGUCUUUAAAUAUUAGGGGAUUUCUCCCAAUAUUUUUCUUAUUUUUUAAAAAAGAGAGCAGACUCUUACAAAAGGGAAUUUUUUUUUUUUUUACAAAAUCUUGUAAAUAUGUUCCACGUGAGUAUGACCAUAUUCUUUGUUAACUUUCUUAAGGAUUAUUUUCUGUUUUUGUAACUUUAAACUUUCAUGAUAGUAAAAAAAAAAAAAAAAACAUUUCUUCCAUGAAUCUUGUUGAUUUUGUGGGGAGAAGGGAAUCAAGGGAAGGCUCCAUGAAAUUAGAAUAAAAAGUUAUUUAGGAGGUCCAAGAGCUACAGCUGGAGGGUACCUCAAAGGUUAUCAAACCUAUUCCUUUUAUAGAUAGGGAAAAUGAGGCCAAGGGAGGUGGUCAUUUUACAAUAAAUGUCAGGGGUGGGACCGUACCCCCAGGCCAGUGACCACCUCUGUGUAUACCUCUAGGACACUUCCUAGCCAAGAUGGCAGUUUAGCUGGCCAAGACAUGGUGCUGAGCUGAUGCUCCUUCAAAUGCUUAAGGCAUAUAUUGAGCCCUCCCAUUGUGCCAAGAAUUGGGGGAAUGAUGAAACAAGCUAGCCAGCCUCAGUUCCAAGGGCACUCCUUCCCAUUCUGGUGGGGAAGAUGCCACACUAGGGAGGUUUCAGUCUCCAGAUGGAUGGAGAAGUCCUGUGGGCCUCAAAGCCAGGUCAGGCAGAUGCUUCCGCCUCUUCCUUUUAAGGGAUGCUUACUGAUCCAAUGACAAGUAUUUCUGAUAUUGGACUUGGUGAUGAGCAUUUCGUUCUCUGCAUCUUGUGCAGCCAUAGCCAUUGGUGCUGCAGAUGCCAUGCAUCUCUGUGGGUGCUUCCAGCCAUCUCUGAUGGCUGCAAGGUGGGCCUAGUGGGCAAUGAGUCUCAGACCCUUCUCAGAACCAUCUUUUUAAAUGCAGAAGACAAAAAUGCCACAGAUUUACCAAGGAAAUCAGUUAAAUAUAUUUCUCAAUCUGCUUUUCAAAA